AUGAUUACAGAACUAAGUGCUGAUAACGACUGUAUGCCUCUGAAUAUUGAAAGCCUAUGCACUAGAUGCUUGAAGAACGGCACAACGCUUCUUAUGUUAACAAGAAUUGCAUAUUUUAAAGAUGUUAUCAUCUCAUCCUUCAGUUGUCCCCAUUGUGGUUAUGAGAAUCGAUCUCUUACCCCAGCUGCGCAAGUUCAAGAUAAAGGGCAACGCAUAACACUCAAAGUUAAUAGCGUGAAAGAUUUAAACAGACGUGUUGUUAUACCAGCAGGUUCAACAGUUAGUAUUCCUGAAUACGAUUCCUCAUUUCCUUUUUCUGAUGGAGCUGUAUCAACGGUCGAAGGAAUUGUUACAAUAUUCAUGGAUAAUUUGAAUAGUUUACAACCAGAAAGAAAGAAAAAUCAACCUGAUUUGGCUUUAAAAAUUGAAAACUUCAUUGAUCAGUUACGUACUCUGUUAAAGGUGGAGAAGCGAUUCUCAUUUGUUAUAGAUGAUCCAUCAGGAAAUGGAUUCAUUGAAAACUACUUAGCUCCAGAUGAUGAUCCGCAAAUUGUAAUUGAGACAUAUGAACGCACUCCAGAUCAAAACGAAUUACUUGGUCUUCAACCAACUGAACAACUAAAUGAUGCAUCUGAUACUAAAACUAUCGAAAAAGAGCCAAAUAACGUAGCCCCGGAAAUCGAAAAGGAUGAAGUGUUGUCUUUGAAUGUCAAUUGUCCAUCGUGCAAUGCUGUUACUGACAACAAAAUGAAAGUUGUUGAUAUUCCUCAUUUUAAAGAGGUAAUACUGAUGGCAAUCAACUGCCCAGUCUGUGGUUAUAGGGAUUGUGAAGUUCGAUCCGGUGGUGGAGUUUCGCCAAAAGGCAGACAUUACAAAUUACGAAUUACAAAUAUAUGCGACUUAUCACGGGAUAUACUGGUGUCAGAAACUGCAGCUGUUAAACUGCCUGAACUGGAUUUCGAGUCUGUGGGUGGUACUCUUGGUGGAAGAUUUACGACAAUAGAAGGCCUUUUAGUAGCUAUAACUAAACAAUUAAUCAGUACUAAUCCUUUUGUUAUUGGAGACAGUACUUCUUCUGAAGAGACAACAAGUAGAUUGAGAUCAAUCAUUAAUGACAUAAACGAGAUUGCAUCUGGCAAAAGACUCAACGUAUUAUUUGAACUAAAUGAUCCUGCUGGGAAUAGUUACAUUCAGAAUUUGUACGCACCUGAUCCUGAUCCAGAAUUGGAAAUGGUUGAAUAUGAACGAAGUGAAGAAGAAAAUGAGCAUUUAGGUUUGACAGAUAUGAAAACUGAGGGAUAUGAAACAACUGACACUUAA